AUGGAAUCACAGAAGAAACAUAUCAAGUUUAUGGCUCAGAAAUACUUGGACAGCAGCCAGAAAAAGGCACCUCAAAGGACAUCUGUUUAUAAAAGGGGUCACAAAGGCAGAGAAACGAGUGGGACUCCUUUAUUCCCGGACAUUUAUGGUGGAAAGAAAAAUAGUAAGUGCAAUCCUUCAGGACGAUACGAAAAGGCCCAAGGUCGGUUGCAGUUUGUACUGAACACGGACAGUCCCGGUCCAGCAGCUUACUCGCCUCCCCCCAUGGCCUACAGAGAAACCAUCGCCCCGUCCUAUACGUUUGGGUGGAAGACCCCUCCUCGAGAAGGCGGAGGCCGUCGUGCGUGGCAAAAGUCUUGGUUCAUGAGCAGAAACCCCUUCUGGAGGAAAGUGGAUUUCAGCACCGAAACCAACUGGCCUUCUCCUUCCCAAUAUGGUCAACUCUUGGGAACCAAUCUUGGCAACCGGUCAAACACUCCAAACUUCACCUUCGGCCAGAGAGGAGAAUACGCUUUGAUUAACAAAGGCACCAUCGAUGAACCAGGACCCAAUCGAUAUAACAUUGACCGCGCCUACACAUUUGUGCUCCACCGUUCACCGUCCAUAAUCAUCAACCCUGCCCCUCUCGCUCUGUACAGGUGGAUUGAAAAAGUGGAGACUCCAGGCCCAGGGGCUUACAACGUAGACAAAGGGUACAACGCUCGUCUGCCCAGGUGCCCAAGCUUCUACAUCCAAGGUGUGAGACGACCCAAGAAGCACGAAACAGGCCCCUUUUCGACGUUGUGA